CUCACGAGUCCUUGCAACGCAUCGAAAACAGCUUUUGUUUGUUUUUAUCAGUUUCAACCUAGGCCUGGAACGUUACUAGUCCGUUACUAUUGUGUGAGUGGAAAAGACUUCCGAACGCCGUUUACUUAAUAGAUAACAUGGAUGAUGAUAGUAGUCCUGGGCCAACUAGCUCUGGUACUGGGAGGAGGAGAAGACUUACCAAGAAAACCAGCUCCCCAAGACCUCAUCCACUGCUUCUAACUUCAGAAUCUUCUGAAGAUUCCAAUCCUGGGCCAAUAGCUGGCCCAAGUACGGAGUCUGCAAAAGUUGUUCUAGAGAGGCGCUGUAAGUCACAAUCGCCCAGAAAGAAGUCGAGGAGGAGAGGUGGGAGUAGGGAAUGUUCAAAAGAAAGAGGACGGUCUGGAUCUGGUACACGCCGUAGGUCAUUGACGACAGAGGAUAGUGAAACUGGUCGCCAGAGAAUGUCCAGGAGCCAGGUAGCCCAUGAACUGAAGGACAUGUUAACAGAAGGAUUGCCUGAACAACUUCAGGAUUCAUGUCUUCAGUUAAGUGUAUCGGAAUCUACAGGGAGUUCCAGAUUAGAACACCAGCAAUCUACAACCUCUCAUGGUAGUUCAACAAUGGGUUUUGAGGAUACUUUAGAGGAAGGUUUGGCAGCACAAUUUCGGUCUUUUUCCCCUCCACAAAUUAGGCAUCCAGUAUAUGACGAGUGUACAGAGGGGCACAGCAGACUAUAUCUGCAAGCACCUGGAGACGAGGAAAGUCGGUACGCUUACAGGCAACCCCCUGAAGAUGAUGAGGAGCAGCAGUGUUCUGAAAAACACUCUGGCCCCCUCUAUGGUCAGCUACAUAUGGGGGAACACACACGACCAGAUCUGCAAGCAUCUGGAGGAGAAGAGAUGCGGUAUGCUUCCGGGCAACCAACUGAAGAAGCUGAGCUGCGGUUUUCUUUUCAGCAACACUCUGGUCCCCUCUAUGGCAAUAUGUAUUUAGGGAGUCGUACAUCAGAAGAUAAGUUGGCAGCCUCCCAUGAAGGAAUGCCCAUUGCUAGUGAUAACGCAUUUGAGGAUAGUUUGGCUGCUCAGCUUCAUGCAUUGUCCCCUCAGCGUAUUAACAGAGAUUUUGGCAGAAGUGAAGAGGUAAGCCCGACAGGAGAGUGGUAUCGUUCAAGAAAGUCUACAGAAGCUUGCCGUGACGGCGAUGACGAUAAUCAGUACGUGGAGUUGCAUUGAAUCCCAAAAAUAGUGGCAUCAAACAAAGUAUUCACAACAAGGCAAUUAUAGAUAAAUUCAGCACAUGUUCUUCUGAAGUAACUGGACUGAGCUCCAGAUGGCAAUCACAGAUUGAUUUUGUAAGUGCAAUCUUUUAAAUUUACUAUUCUUACCUUGAGAGAUUGUAUUCAUUACACAGUUUAUCAUUUAAUGCAUUUAGGAAGAUGAAGGAUUUAUUCCGAAUUGCAUGCAAAGUAAAAAGAAUCCAUCAACCUUGAAUUUGAUCAACUAUAGGGAACCUGUUGCCUACUUACUCCGUUGGUUGGGUUGCAGUUUUUAUUAAGUGUUGCAACCAAAUUUAUUUUGUAAAACUAUAAUUUUGCUUGAACUGUUGAUGUAGGUGGAAGCAGGAUUGAAUAGCAAAGGGGAGUACAAAAGUGGUUCCCAUAUGUAUUGUAAAGUGUUGAGAAUUUUUUUUUAUCUAAAGGUUUGUAUGACAACAGAGAUACCAUUUAGAGGCAUUUAAUAUUACACAAUUUUUUGUAAGUUCCAUUUGUAGAGAUAUAAAAGGUAGCUCAGUAUUUUUGAAUUUGACUGUUUUCAUAGUGCAGUUGUGUGUAAGUUGCAUUGUUUUGAAAGGGUUUUAGUAGGUCCUAUUUAUGUUAAGGUAUCUAAUGAUGGGGAGUGUAUUUCUCGAGGUCCUUCAUGAUGCCCCUCUGGUUUAAGUUAAUGGCUUAUAGGAAAGUUAUCCCAUCUGAAAUACAAAGGUAAUAGAUCUAAUCUUUUAGACAAAGCUAAGUUCUAUACAUUUCAUGACUUUUGUUUUAUUUGCACGUUUUAUCAGGACUAAUAGUCAUGCCAUGCAAAGUAUCUCUCUCCAGUUUAGGUACUGGUGGUAUUGUAACACUGCAAAUUGGAUGAACUGUAUUUUUAACCAUGUUUUAACGCAAUUAGAUGAAUUGUAUUUUUAAUAAGAAUGUCUAUAAAUA